AUGGCAUUCGAAAUUUACAUUCCUUCGUCCCUCACGUUCCAAGACUACCUCGGAAUUACCCAGUGUGCCAGAACACUAGCCGAUGGCUAUGAUCGAAAGGACAAAUCCCGCGUGAGAGCCUCUCUAGCGCCCAAUGUUAUCGUCGAUUAUAGCAAAGUUGUACCGGAGAUGGGUUGCAGAACAUUUGCCGCGGAUGAAUUUGUCGAGGAGUGGCUGGGGCCAACGCACCUCGGAGUUAAGGCACUAGCAACACAGCAUCUACUGGGGGCACCAUAUUUCAAGUCCGCUACUAAGGACGAAAUUGUGGUGGAGUGGCAGCAAUUAGCGAGCCAUGGACGCCGAGUUGAGGGCGAGGAUUUUGCGCAUCCGAUGUGUAAGAUUGGAGAGAGCUCGGAUGGGAGGAGUUGGAUGCAACAGAUCUUUGUGAAGGUGGAUGGACAGUGGCGUAUUUCGGAGAUUCGACCCGAGGUUGUUUAUCAUACUGGUGAUUUCUUGAAGGUCGGACGAAAGGAUGGGGAAGGCGCUUGA